UUCAAGAAUUUACUUCUUAACUUUUCAAUGAAAUUAGUGAGUAAGAGUGAAUUUUUAACUGUGUUUACUGCUCCGGCUAGCCUACCGCACGGAAGGCUACCGUCGCGCGAUUAGAAAUUUUCCCAGUAACCGCAAUAUUUUGAAGGUUUCGCAGGAAAGAAAUUUCCCCUGGUUGGAGCUACCCGAUGAUCGUAUUGACACAACCGGGGGAUUACGAGGCAAUACUGUUCUAUAUGAGCUCCCCCAAAACACCAGCUGCUUUCUGGCUCUACUGUAUCCGCCCAAAGAACCUGGGCAAGCUCCGGAAGCCAAGUUCCAAAAGUUACGUUUUCAUGACGUUAAGGAUUCGACGCAGCCGUUUAAAGUAUAUUAUUCCGUGGGUGGAAAUCUCGGGUAAAAGGACCGAACUGAAAGCAGGAACGAUGACUGGAUGUCAAAAAUUAAAAACAACAAACACGGAUGAUGAGCCAGCUAAUUUUGUUGUUUCCAAAAGGCAGCCAAAAUUUUACAAUAGACUUCUCUCCUCCAGCGAGAAUACAAAACCGGAAAAAAAUAAUUUGACGAUGGUAACGAGCUCGCCGAGCACCCUUCAGCACCUGAUUUAUACCAAUUUUGAAGAUGCAGCUCAAGGCGCUGAGCUGCUACAGUAUUUUUUUUUGCUGCCGGUAAACAAUCGAGUUUACACGUUACUGGGUUGA